AUGGGAAAACUACAUGGUACAUUGGCAAAAGCCGGUAAGGUCAGAAAAUAGACACCAAAAAUUGAAAAAUAAGUGAGAAGACACAAGAUUCCAAAAGGAAGAGCCUACAAAAGAAUCUGCUUUAAUAGAAGAUUUGGAUCAGCCGCCACCUCUGCUUAAGGACCAUAAUAAAAGAGAAAGGGUCCAAAUUGGCAUGCUGGAAGAAAAGAUCUCAUUGAAGAGGAAAGAAAGAAGCAAGUUGAAUAAAGAAGACAACGCAAGAAGUAGGAUAAUAAAUGAUAGCUUUAAUGUCCUUAACAUAUAAAAUAGUCAGAUUUCUUUC